AGCAAAUCGUUUCGACAGCAGAACGGUUGGGUCUUAAGUGUAGUGAAGCAACCACCGAAAUAAAAAAGUGAAAGUUGCUGAAACACAAUUGCCAUUUUCUUUUUUUCCCGCUGUUGGGAAAGAUGUCCGCACUUCUUGGAGUGCAAAUUUGCGUUUUUGCAAUUUUUUUAGGGAUCUCAGGUGCCCAUCGUAAUGUCCUGCUUCUACUUGCGGACGACGGUGGUUUCGAGAUCGGGGCCUAUCGGAACAAGAUCGUCCAGACCCCGAAGCUGGAUGCCCUCGCCAAACAGAGUCUGAUCUUCAACAAUGCCUACGCUUCGGUGAGCAGUUGUUCGCCCUCGAGGGCAUCGAUCCUGACCGGAAUGCCGGAACACCAGAAUGGGAUGUACGGAUUGCACAACGGGGUGCACAACUUCAAUUCCCUGAACAAGGUGAAAAGCAUUUCGAAGAUCCUGAGCGACGCCGGUGUGACGACCGGGUUGAUCGGUAAGAAACACGUCGGGCCGGGAGAGGUUUUCAAAUUCGAUUACGAACGCACGGAGGAGCAGUAUCCAGUCAAUCAGGUUGGGAGAAACAUUACCAAUAUCAAACUGUUUGUGAGAGAAUUCCUGAGAGAAAGUAAGGAGAAGGAUCAUCCAUUCUUUUUGAUGGUGUCGUUCCACGAUCCGCACCGUUGCGGACACAUAACUCCUCAGUACGGACCGUUUUGCGAGCGUUGGGGAUCCGGCGAGGAAGGAAUGGGCUUGAUUCCGGAUUGGCAUCCGAUUUACUACGUUUGGGACGAGUUGAUCCUACCGUAUUACAUCCCGGACACUGAACCAGCUCGUAGAGAUGUCGCUGCCCAGUACACCACCAUCUCCCGCCUCGAUCAAGGUGUGGGUCUGGUACUCCAGGAACUCGCGGAUGCCGGUUUCGAGCAAGACACCUUGGUUGUCUACACGUCCGAUAAUGGACCUCCCCUACCGGCCGCUCGAACCAACCUGUACGACCCCGGAAUGGCUGAACCCAUGUUCAUGCGUUCUCCGAACCCGGAAAGCCGCCGAAACGACGUAACAUACUCUAUGACCAGCCAUCUCGAUCUGGUACCAACUUUCCUCGAAUGGUUCAAUGUCUCCUACCCGAUGGACGAACCAUUGACCUCUGAUAAUCUCGACACCAACGCAAUCGAUCAAACCCCGGCGAAGCCCCUUCUAACCGGCAAAUCGCUUCUUCCCCUUCUUUCCGCCGAACCUCCCUCCGAUCCAGAUCAAGCCGUGUACGCUUCCCAGUCGUUCCACGAAAUCACCAUGACCUACCCGAUGCGAGCCGUCCGCACCAAGCGCUACAAGCUGAUCCACAAUCUCAACUACCAGCUGCCGUUCCCCAUCGAUCAGGACCUGUUCGUGUCGCCCACUUUCCAGGACCUACUCCAACGCACCACCAACAAGCAGGACCUUCGCUGGUACAAAACUCUCCGGCAGUACUACCAGCGUCCCGAGUGGGAGCUAUUCGAUCUGAAGUUGGAUCCUGCGGAGAGGAAGAAUCUCGUUGGAAAGCCGGUGGCGAAGGAGAUUUUCGAGAAGUUAAAAGUAAAGCUAAGCAAGUGGCAGGAGGUGACGGACGAUCCGUUCCGCUGUAUGCCCGGGGGAGUGCUGCUGGAUACCGGUGAGUAUCUGAACAAUGCCACCUGCUUCAGCCUGGGACAGUGAGAGGAGAAGUUAGAUUUUAAAAGCGUGCGAAUCGAAAUAUACCCGCAAUGUGUUACGAAUGAAGUUUUAUAAACUGUUAGAUUUUAGGUGUUGGAAGCUUUUGGAGAUCUUUAUGUUUGUAUUGUAAUACAAUGUUUUAUAGAAAAU